GAGAUACCUCUAUUUCUCUCCCUAAAUACUAUUGUCAUAUUAUAAUAAUAUGUCACUUCUUCUUCUUCUUCUUCUCUUCUUAUAUUAACUUAUUUUCUCUGUUUGCUUUUGCUUUUGAUUUGCUUAUUUUCCAAGAAAAUCUAUCAAAAAGAAAAAAAAUCAAAGAAGAAGAAGGAAGAAGAUGAUGAUGAUGAGUAGCAGUAGCAUAAGCAUGGUGGAAUCAAAGCUGCCACCUGGGUUUCGGUUCCAUCCAAGAGACGAAGAGCUUGUUUGUGAUUAUCUCAUGAACAAAAUAACUCACUCUGAUUCAACCCUAAUGAUCGAAGUUGACCUAAACAAGUCUGAGCCUUGGGAUAUUCCAGAGACGGCAUGUGUGGGAGGUAAAGAGUGGUAUUUUUACAGUCAAAGAGACCGAAAAUACGCAACUGGGCUUCGUACAAAUAGGGCCACUGCAUCUGGGUAUUGGAAGGCCACUGGCAAAGACAGGCCAAUCUUUGGGAAGGGCAAGGGAGCCAAGGGCCAUAAUACCCAUUAUGCCCUUGUUGGUAUGAGAAAGACUUUGGUCUUUUACCAAGGAAGAGCUCCCAAAGGAAAGAAAACUGACUGGGUUAUGCAUGAAUUUAGGCUUGAAGGUCCUCUUGCUCCCAAACUCUCUUCCCUCAAGGAAGAUUGGGUUUUGUGUAGAGUAUUCUACAAAAACAGAGAAGUAGCAACUUCAGCCAAACCCAACAUGGGAUUAACCACCUACUAUGGAGAAAAAACAGGCUACAACUCCAAGUCUCUCCCUCCAUUAAUGGAUGCUUACAUAAGUUUUGAGAAGCCUCAGAAAAUUCAAUCUUCACCAGAACAUGAUUAUAAUAAUUAUUACAACAGCGGUGAUCAUAACAAAGCUCAUAAUAUUCAUGAGCAUUUGCCCUGCUUCUCCAACAAUAUGAACUUACCCCAAGGUAAUUACCAAACCCAUGACCUAAUUUUCAAGCACAGCACCCAAAUGGAACCAAAUUUGGGCAUAAGAAGCACUAGUAGUAGCACUGCUCAUGAAGCCACAGCACUUGGUCACCAUGGGAUACCAAACUUGAUGGACACUAGUACUAGUAGUAGUACUCUUAUCAACCAUUGUUUGAACCCUUGUAGGGGUGAUGGUGGUGGUGGUGGUGAGGAUGAAGUUUUGAGAGCUGUUUUGAACCAGAUCACCAAGAUGGAAAGCAACCCAAAUUUGGAUGACUCACCAUUGUUAAGUGGUGGAGAAGGAAGUUCAGAGAGUUACCUCUCUGAAGUAGCAAUGGGCAUGCCCAAUAUUUGGAGCCACUAUUGAUAUAUUUAGUAGUAGUAGUAGUAAUAGUACUAUUACUACUACAACUGCAAGUACUCAUUUUUCUUCUUUGUCAAAUUUUGUUGACUAUGAUUCAUGUCGUAACUCAUGAGCUCGUAGUCUUUUUUAGUGGGAUUAGGAUUAGAAAUUAUCAGUUGGUAAACAUGUAAAGUUUAUAUUAUAUAAUUUAUACAUAUAUAUAUAUAUAUAUGUGCAUAUUUGAUUUUAA